GAGAAGCAGAGUAGCCUCGACCCGCUGCGACCAUGAAGGAUGCAAAGUCUCGAACCUGCGUGGUAGCGUGUGCUCUCUUGCUGGCGGGCGCAAGAGCUUUCGUUGUGAACCCCACGUUGUUGCCAUCGCGGGCACCAGGCGGCGUCGGUGCUUCGGGGCGAACAGGGAGCUUGUCGAUGGCGGCGCCGCUGGAGGGCUCCCACGGCAUGAGGUCGCGAUUUCUUCCAGUAGACCAGAUGGACGACGAGGUGUUCGCGCCUCGUAUCGUGCAGGUGGCGGGAGCGUUGCCCGAGAUUACGGUGGCGGACAUUAUGGCGGUGGGGUUCACGCCGGCGCCAGAGAUGGGCAUGUGGCAGUACGAUUUCUCGGACCCGGAGGGGCCUCAGCUGGGUACCGUUGCCGUGCCCGGCGGCGAGCAGGUUUUCAACAUGAAGGAGCCCGUGGCGAUCGUGUGUCCGAACGAUGACCUUAAUAUCCAGAUGCCGAAUGACGAGAAAACCGAGAUGCAUCUUGGUAAUUGACCGAGCGAAUCGAGAGUUCGAGUUCGGAAAGUUCUUCCUGUGGGACACGCCCUCCGAGGGCCUGGUGGUUCGCUACUUCGAGGGAGAGCCCACCCCGGGGUUCGCGUGCGUGGGGCGCGUCGGCAUCGUUCUGGCACCUUUCUUGCCGUCCAUGGCGAAAAAGUCGAGCGGCUUCGAGGAGGAAGACUACUGACGAUAGACAGAGCGAUCCGUUUGAUGACGUGUUUUGUUUUUGAAGAGAUUCGUUUGACCGCGAUUGUUUUUGGGAAGAGAUUGUCUAGACUAGAUUGCGUGAGAAAGACUUGGAAGUGGUUGGUCUAGCCAACCUCUUUUAUCAGAAAUCAGGUUUGCUGAAGCUUGUAGCUCUAUUUUAGGAACACAGUUGCCAACCCACAUCAUGCACAAGUCGAAAGUACUCGCCGGGCGGGUACACCUGACGGGGGGCACGAAAAAAGUAGAUGGCGUCCUCUUCCGCCGAACUGCCAUUGAUUCGGCGGGGCCGCUUGCGUUUGAGACGAUAUUUCUGGUUUUGAUGCUGCUGGAGUCUGCCUGGUGUCAUCCACGGAGACUGAUGUCGCCAUCUAGAGUGUAAGACUGAUGCAACGUCCUUGUUUUUUGUUUCGGCCUUGUCACUGCAAUGACGACGACGAUGAUCGUGUGGUACAUGCGCAUGCGUUUCGUGUUGCUAUCGUCUGGCUUGUAUUCGGCCUGGGGGGCAGGCAGGUGUAGGGUAAAGAGAUGGAUGACACGCACGCGUUUUUUUUGUUUUUUUUGCUCCUUCUUGGAGUGAUAUUGUGCAUGGUUAACAAUGCCCACGCGCAUGAACGGUUGCCUUCUUGCCGAAGCUUCUGCUUGUCACAUUCAUUCAGUGUUGAUAUCUUGUGUUGUGUUAUUGCUUUUGUGUUGAUGAGCCAUGGGUCCUUCCGGCCUGGCAACUGACCAAGAAAAAUCACGAGAACUCACGACUUGCG